AUGCUGGCACGGGGGGGACGAGUGGGCCGUUUUGCCUUCCCCUCUAGUGCCACUUCUGCUUCUGAUGCAACACAGCAAGAAUCAGGAUCAUGGCAGAGGUCAUCCGCAGCUUCCCAAGGGGCUGAGCCUUCCAAUCUUGAAGGGCCGGAGGCCUUGGGCGGGGUAGCAGCGGGGAAUCAAGUAGCAGUGACACGUGUAGCGGCGGGUCCAGCAGCGCCUGAGGCAGCCGAUUCACCUCAAUGUGCAGCAGCCCCUCCAUCUAUUGGACGCCGUCAACGGCAGAGAAUAUCGCUGGGUCCCCUGGGGCCUCCGGGGACGCCGGAUGUGACGGCGGGGGGAGCAAUGGAUUUUCAAUUCCCUAUCCUUUUUAAUAGGGCCAUUAAACGACUGUUGAAGUCCCUAUUCCGUCGCACUGGGCAGCCUCGGCGCCAGCCUUGUAGCCGCACAGCUUCAGCUUCUACACCUGCACCGACAUCUGCUGGUACUGCGGGGGGUACGCGCAACCUCCAAAGACCCCGGCUGCCUCCUAGGGCUUUGCUGCGGUCUUGGAGACCUCUCAGUAAGGCGCAGUCGGUAGUAGGACCGCGGCAGGUUAUGCAUGCGCGGCAGCAACCUAUGCAAACUCCGCAACGGCAGUUGCUGCAAGUAGGCUCAGCCGUAAGCGAACAGCUGCGAUUGGCCGCAGCAACGCAGCAGCAACAGCAGCAUCAACAACAGCAGCAACAGCAACAGCACGAAGAACACGGUGCCACUCCCGCAGCCGAGUUGGCAGCAACACGGGAUCAGGAAAAUGUGCUGGCGGUGAGGACUCCCGAUGAACGGACACUACCGAAAGAUUCUGCUACGGACGAGUCUGUUGCGGUGGCCGGUUCAGGCGCUCCGGAAGGCCUCGAAGGCAAGGAUGAAGAGCGGGAGCAAGCUGAAGGUGGGAAAGAGGACGGCUUGCCCAGUAGGGCAGGUGCGUCUAUGCCGGACAUCCUACAGCAGCAAAGCGAUGAGGGGCAGCAGCUUCCGCAGCAGGCAAAAGAAGAGCAGCUCCAGAAGGAGGCUGCAACCAGACUUGCUGCUGCAGAGCCAAAAGUGCCGUUGAAGAAGGUGGUGGGCCGGGGGGCGUCACGUGCAGUUCUUGCAAGUCGGCCCCUUCCAAUAUGUUUUGCGAGGCAGCGCAUUAGUACCCUGUACGGACAGUUGCGCUCUCUCAUGGCCCCGUAUUGCACCACCAUCUCUGAGUGGACGUAUCGCAACGGAAAUGUGGUUGUCACAGUUGGGUCCCUGCUGUCUCUCACGGCAACCCUGAUGGCGGACAUGCGGCUUCUUCGGACGUUUAAUCUGCUUGCAGGUUUUUGCUACUUUUCCUAUAAUUGGUCUCGACGGCCCCGCCUGACAGAUGCAGCUUUGUGGAAUGUGGUGUUUUUGGUGCUCAAUACAGUGAUGCUAUGGCGUGUACAUACAGAACAUCGAGAGGUUUCGUUUAGCUCGGAUGAGCUAGACAUAUUUCAGAGAUACUUCCUUCCUGCGGGGAUGAGUCCGAGGCAGUUUCGUCGACUGCUUAGGCAAGGCAGUUGGCAAACCUUUCCGCAAGGUUAUGUCUUGCAGCAGGAAGGUAAAAAUUGUGAAACGUUGUGCUUUGUGGCUCGAGGAGCUGUCGAGAUAUCUCAAGGUGGAGAAGUAGUGGACACCUAUAGAGGGGGAGAAACAGGAGCAGUCCUGGGUGUAGAGCCAUUUCUUUCGUAUGUUGCUGACUUGAGGAGACUGUCGGCGAAGCGUGUCAAGCACACGGCAGCAAGCUCACCUGAAACGCUGGCAAGCCAUGCGGACGAAUCCCCUGAGGGCCUUCAGCGCCAUCCGCAGACAGUGCAUUCCCUUACUGUUGGAGCCGAAGUCCAUAGAGGAACCUCUACAGAUCUCAAGCAACAGCAGCAGCAGCAGCAGCAACACAACCGCACAAACAAAGGCGUAGAACGAACUAACAACCCCCAGCUGAUGGAGGGUACAGAGAGAAGUGCAGACUUAAACAUAAAAACAGUCACGAUAGCACGUCAGGAUGCCGACACCAGCAGGCAACAACAGCAGCGAGCAGGAAAUGAACCGUCACAGAAAGCACCGCAAUCAUUGUCGGAGUCUCCACAACAAGGAAGCUCUACAAAAACACCUUCAACUGCCAUUGCUGUCUCUAAUGGAGCUCCGGAUGGUGCGGAAGAAACCCUAUCGGGCGCAAGCAUCGUUGCUGCAGCUGCAGAGGCAGCAGCAACCGCUGCCGCUGCAGUGCGCACAGCUGCAGCCACCGCACUUUCAACCGAUGCACCACAAAGGCCUGAAAUACAGCUGCCCGUACGGGCCCCCACAAAGGCAUCAACAGCCACUUCUCUCGUCCAAGGUGGGGUUUCCUCAGCUGCAGAAGGUGCGCGACACGUCGCCGAAGCUGCUGCUGCAGCUGCUGCAGCCGCAGUUGCAGCGGCAGCGGACGCAGCUAGCUUGACUGAGGCGCCACAGAGCAGGAGGACUGGGGCGGAAAGAGGGUUGCAACGACAACAGCCGACACGCGAACGCAGCCCGUCGUUAAAAGGGGAAUCAGAGGACGUGGAUGGUGCACGGGAGGAGGGAACAGUUACGGCGCCCUCCACUGCCACCUGUAUGACAGAGACGACCGUCUUCUGUCUAGAUUUGAAAGAGCUGGCCACCUUCGUGCUACGAGAACCCGGAAAUCUGGGCUUCCCUGUAGUCCAGGGGCUGACCACCUUGUUGGUUAACCGUUCCCGGGCACAAGCAGCGCGCCUUGCGAUUCUUAGCUAUGACGCAUUCUUAGCCGGAGUAUUCGCUGACGGGGUUGUGCAGACCGGCGAACGGAAGAUGCUGGAGGAGUUUCGGAGGAAGCGCGCCAUUAGCCAGACCCAACAUGAACAGGCCCUUGCCCGUCUUGGCUGGACACCUGAAGAGUUCGAGAGAGGGUCUCAAGCGAGCACUGGCGUAUUGUCCCGCAUGGCCUUUGGACUGGGCUCCUUUUUGAGGGGCUCUCCGGAAUCUCACAGUGCUGCUGACGGCGCCCUGGAGCGGCAGCAUCAAUCAGACACAUCCGGCAGGGCUCUCAAGGAUGGAGAAGCAUUUCAUUGUGUUCUGCCCCCUCCGCUUGAAGACUGGGAACUCGUCGAAGACGAGCGGGCCGUCCCGCCGCAGCCGACCCCGGGAGACAGACGACCUGCGGGUGGUGCAACGAACACCGUAGAGGUCCACACCGGCAAAGAGUGCUUCGGGGAUGCUGUUUCCUAUGCGUUUGAAGCAGAAACAACAUCAUUGCACUAG